AUGGGUUGUGGACCUGCUCAGGCUCGAACGAAGAGGUAUAUUGUUCGAGGGCUUCGACCCGAGUAUACGCCAUUCAUCAUCUCGAUUCAAGGUUGGGCUCAACAACCUUCACUCGAGAAGUUCGAAAAUCUCUUGUCAUCUCAAGAGUCGUUGGCCGCACAAAUGGAUGGAACGAGUAUAAAGGAAGAGUCGAACCGUGCACUAUUCGUGAAGAAAUCAAGUUGGAAAAAGGGAAAGUCGAAGAAUGAAGAAACAGAUCAGGAUUCUUCAAUUUUUCUCAAAAAACUCCUUAAGUGUUUCAGGUGCGGCAAGACUAGACACUUCAAGAGAAAUUGUCGAGUAAAUUUGAAUGAAAAUUUUGCUAGUUCAAAUAUCGGAGAAAAGUCUGACCAACGUGUUGAGGAGGACUGGGACAAGAUUUUUCAUGUUAAUGUGAUGAUUUCGAAGGAAAAUAAAACAGAGGCGUCUCAUGAUAAACAUGAGACCGAUCAAAAGUGGAUUGUUGAUUUAGGGUGCGGACAUCACGUUACUAGAGACAAUUUUAUGUUCUCAUCAAGUCGAAUUCAUAAUGAGGGCGGUGACAUUGUCACGAAUGUCUACCACGUUCUAGGAACUCGGAAGAAACUUUUCCUGCUAACAAAUGUUGUAGAUGCUGGAAAUCUUGUGUUGUUCGGUCCACAUGAUGUGAAGUUUUUAAGGAACGUGAAAGAAAUCAAGGCAUAUGUGGUUCACACUAGAACUCGGGUAAAUGAUCUCUUUGUCCUUUCAUCAUCAACUUCGUACAUCGAAAAGGUGAACGACAAAAACAUCUUCUUUCUAUGGUAUGCAAGACUUGGACAUCUCAAUAUGACUAAGUUUAGUGUUAUGUCUCGAAAGAAAUUUGUCGAAGGUCUACUAGAAGAUUUAAGGAUCGAGGAGGGCAGUGUGUGUGAAGGAUGUCAAUAUGGGAAAGCUCAUCAACUUCCAUUUGACAACUCUAUAUCGAAAAGCAAGGGUCCUUUGAAUCGAGUUCAUAGUGACUUGAUGGGACAAACUCGGACUGUCUCGUACUCGGGAAGUAAUAUAUGUUGUUGUUUGUAA